AUGAUGGCUAAGGAUACUAGUACUGGAUGGAAUGCUAAAUUGGGUACAGUUGAUGCAUCAAAUGAGUGGUGGGAGGAAAAAAUUAAGAUGUAUUCGUGUACUGUGGAGAACAAGGAGUAUGCAAAGUUUCACAAACAUGGAUUCAAAUUCAAACAAGAACUUGAGUUUUGUUUUGUAGGUACUUAUGCUACUGGUGGGUAUCGAAUGAACCACGAGGAUUCAGAUGGUUUUGAUACGUGGUUAGAUGAUGAUUCGUAUGUGCCCGAGCCACCCUUCUACACCCCACCAAGAGUUCAGUCAGUGACGCCAACACAUGCAACUGGUAGCUUGGGUAAAAGGUCAUCUCAUAUGAGUGGAUGCAAGAUUAGCAAGAAGCGAGCCACAACCAAGGAUGAUACAAUGAACGAGCUUGUACAAGCUGUGCAGAGUGUAGCUGGGAAAUUGAAUUCACCUUCACAUGAUUCAAGUAUGGGAUAUGGAAGAGGGCAAAGCCAGUACGGAAUAGCUACUGCAAUUCUCAAGAAAAUGUUACAUGACCAGCACAUGAGUACAGAGUUGUACCUAUUUGCAGUGGAUUUGUUGCGUGACAACAUAACAGUGAAUUCUUUAUUGACUGGUGCUAGUAAUAAAUUGUUACAAGAAUGCUUUCAGCAUUCCGGCGAAAUAAUUAGCCAUAUUUUCAGGGAUGUUAUGCAUAACGUAAUACCUAAUGGUCAUGGACCUUAUCAAACCGAGGGAGAACCAGUUCGAUACAGUACCUGCUAG